AUGAAUGAGGAGGACGCCUGCAACCAAUGUGGUUCCACAGACUUUACGCUCGAGGACGAUGGCAGGACAUACUGCGCCAACGGCCAUGACCAGGAACGGGGCAUUGCCACUGCAGAAGACGAUGCAGAUUUCGGCCGCCAGGGGAGACUUUUCAAGAAAAAGGAAAUUAAGUCCAAGACCAGAAUCUCCAAAGUUCUACGAGGAGCCAAGGCACAUCAACUCUACCUGCAGGCAUGGCAGUUGAUCCUUUGGAAACAAUGCUAUAUCUUAGUCCAUCAGAAGGCCCUCCCGCCAGAGUUAUGGACAGUUGUUCGCGAUCUAUGGACCUUGUGGCUUGACAAGCUUGAAGCGCGUCUUCAUGACCCUUUGGCAUCCUUCUCUGGUCCAGAUCAAGAAGCAAAUCAGGACAGUGACUCUGAUCCUCAUGCAACAUCUGGAGCAGAGACCGACAACGACGAACAUUCAACCGUCGCCAAAAAGGAUUACCAUGGACCGACAUUAAUCGAUACGGUCGUCUUGGUAUAUCUCUCAACCCUUCUCCUCCGCCAAUUCCUCCCUCUGCAAACCUUACACACCUGGCUCACCAACUCUACCAUUCCAUAUAUCCGUGCAAUUCGUCAUAUCCCUCCUGACAUGCGUUCUCGUCUACCAAGCGAAUACCACCACUCGUUCGAUCCACUGGGCAUUCCAUCACCCGACACUUUACAGCUUGCAGUCUAUCGCCGGUCCAAGAUGUUCCAUACUUAUUUCGGUAUGGAGACACCAUGCCUGAACCAGAAUCUCCUCCUCAUGCACUACAUCCGUGAAAUGGCAUUGCCGAUCGAAGUUUACAGUCUGGCUAGACAGCUCGGGAGGAUCUUAGGCUUUACGUUGUCAUACCAUGACGACGAGGAAAAUCGACGCAAUGUACAAGGCCAGCCGCGACGUGCUGCCACGUCCUAUCCCGAAGCCCAGGCCAUUUCAAUGACGAUUGCCGCGACGGAAAUCCUGUUUCCAUUGAAACCAGCAUCCGAGAAACGACACGACAUUCCAGCUACCACUUCAAACACUAUGUUUCGAAUGAACUGGGAUGCUUGGCAACAUGCAAAGACAACUUUCGAUACUGCUAUGCAUCAACUCGAGACAAUUAAUGGCACGCGGCUCAAGCCAGGAUCGGAGAUUAAUAUCACAGAACGAGACGUCCUAACCAUGACAGGGGGUCAGCUCGAUCAAUAUAUGGACUGGUUUCAACGAACAUGGACAGAACAGACCGCGAGCAUCGUGGGCGCUGAAGGUGAUCAGUCGGGACCCAACAACAAUAGGCAAGAUUCAUUCCGUUCCCAGACAUCAGAGCAGGAGAAUGUGAAUAGCGUGGACCAAACGAUUCUCAACCUAUUCCCAUUAGAAGAUCUUGAUUCAACCCGAGCUACAGACCACGCAUCACUGCAAGAACAAGAUUCUCUACUGGAAGCUCAGCGUACUGCACUCCUAGAACAGCGUAUCAUGGAAGUACAAUCGUCUCUCCAUCCACUUCAUCUUCCUCCACCCGUUGUCGCUGCAACCGUCGCUCCAUCCAAUCCCAACCAGCCUGGAGAAUUACCUGAUCCCAAGAACCAAACCGCUAAAACAUCAACGGAGAGGUCAUCAUAUUCUGACAUCCACCGAACCCUCUACGCAGAAGCCGCUCGAAUAGCAUGUCUAAGUGAAGCCGCCCUGGAACGCGCCAUUGCCAGAACAGAAGAUCUGGUAGAGAAAUGGCGGAAAGAAAAGAUAAGGGAGGAAGUUAUGGGAAGGGCGGAUGAACUGGAUGAACACGAACUUGAUGUGAGAGACGGUCAUGUCAAUACAAGUCCUGCUGCUGCACCAACGACGCCAAGUACGUGGUUGGCGAGGGAGAUGGAUGGGAUGGAUUUGGGUGAUGGUGAUGGUGAUGGUGGUUCUUCGGUGGACAUGUCUUCUUCCUCGACCUAA